AUGUCGACUGCAUGUUAUGAUGUGCUUGUGCAUGAUCCCAAUAUAAUAUGGCAAACUGAUAAUAUCCUUUUCAAUGAGCUCCCUACUCUUGCCUUUCAAAUUGCCACUGCCACAAUUAUAUCUCGUUUUUUUUUCUUUAUCUAUAAACCUUUUCAUCAAUCUCAGCUCAUUUCACAAAUCUCUGUUGGUAUUUUUCUAACUCAAUUUCUUUGGGGAAUUCCAAAUAUGUUCGGAUUGCUUUAUCCUAAAACUGGGGUGAUCAACAUUGACGUUCUAACACAUGCUGGUGUCGUAUACUACGCAUUUCAAACUGGUUUGGAGAUGAACUUGGAUACCAUUUUACAUGUAAAAAAGAAACCCGCAACCAUUGCGAUUUCAGGAUUCAUCUUUCCAAUGGUGAUUGGACCAGCAUUAUACACUCUACAUCGAAAAGUUUAUGGCAAUGGUGAGAAAUACCCACUUGAAGAAAGUAAAAUAAAUGCUUAUGUAAUGUGGACUUUAGUUCUCACUGUGACAGGAUUUCCAGUUGUAGUUCAUGCACUUACUGAGCUCAAACUUCUUUAUACUCGUCUUGGUAAAAUUGCAUUAACAACAGCUAUGAUCAGUGACACAUAUGCUUGGAUUUUAUUCACAUUAGUUGUUCCAUUUUCAAUUAAUGGUACAAGGGCAAUAUACUCAGUAUUAAGCACCGUAAUAUUUGUUUUCAUUUGCAUUUAUGUGGCGCGUCCUAUCAUUGUAAAGGUCAUUGAUCGCAAGACAGAAAAAGAUGAAUGGGAUGAUAACCAAUUACUCUUUGUUGUGAUGGGAAUUUUUGUUUGUGCACACAUAACAGACACUCUUGGCACACAUGGCAUUGUUGGGGCUUUUGUGUACGGGUUGAUUUUACCUCACGGUAAAUUUGCUGACUUGGUAACAUCAGUAAUUGAUGAUUUUGGUGGCGCAUUUUUAGUACCACUUUACUUUAGUGGCAGUGGAAUGCGACUCUCGUUUACUAUCAUUUUCCAGCAACCAAAUUGGCCUUUAACGCUUAUGGUUAUAAUCUUGUUAUGUGUUCUGAAGAUUUUAAGCACUUUGUUUGCCACUUUCUUUUUUGGCAUGCGCAAUCGGGACGGUUUUGCUCUAGGCAUAAUUCUUAAUACCAAGGGUGCUGUUGCACUAAUGAUGCUCAAUACGGCUUGGGAUAAAUCGAUUCUUUCUGUACCAACCUAUUCUGUCUUAACUGUCGGAGUCCUUUUAAUGACUAUAGUGGUACCUCCCAUCAUAAAUAUCAUAUACAAGCCCAGAAAGCAAUUUGAGCGAACCAAACUAAAGACUAUACAAAAGCUAAGACUUGAUGCAGAGCUCAGGAUUCUAGCAUGUGUUCAUAAUACUCGCCAGGCUACAGGGAUUAUCGGCCUUAUUGAAUCUUUCAAUGCCACUAGACUUUCACCAAUACAUGUUUUUUCACUUUACCUAGUUGAGCUCACAAGACGUACUGGUGCACUUGUUGCUACUUAUAUGGAGAAGCCUAGUGGCCAGCCUGGAGCACAAAAUCUUACAAAAUCUCAAGAAGAGCUAGAAAGAAUUAACAAUAGCUUUGAAGCAUUUGGAGAGGCAAAUGAUGCUGUUAGAGUCCAAACCUUAAAUGUUGUGUCAGACUAUGAAACCAUUCAUGAGGAUGUAUUCAACUCGGCUAACGAAAAGCACACAAGCUUGAUUAUCCUUCCAUUCCACAAACAACUAAGUUCAGAAGGUGCACUAAAAACUAUCAAUAUUGCAUAUAGAGAUAUAAACCUGAAUGUGAUGCAAGGUGCACCUUGCUCUGUGGGAAUCUUUGUUGAUCGUGAUAUUGGGCUACUACCGAAAAUGAAAUUUUGUAUUUGUAUGAUCUUUGUUGGAGGUCCCGACGAUCGUGAAGCCUUAGCUAUUGCAUGGAGGAUGGCUGGGCACCCAGGAACCCGAUUAUCAGUGGUUCGAAUGCUCCUAUUUGAUAAAGCCGCAGAAGUAGACACCUCAAGUCAUGCCGAAGCACAAGGAAUACUCUCCGUUGUAAUGGAUAAUGAGAAGCAGAAGGAUUUAGAUGACGAGUAUGUGAAUUCCUUUAGGCUGAUUGGAGUGAAUAACAAUGAUUCUAUAUCCUAUUCAGAGGCUGAUGUUCAUUCAAGUGAAGAUAUUCCUACAAUACUCAAUGAGCUAGAAACAUUUGGCUACAAUUUAUACAUAGUUGGUCAAGGGAAUCGUAGGAACUCUCAGGUUUUUGCAAAUUUAUUAGAAUGGUGUGAUUGUUCAGAACUUGGAGUUAUAGGGGAUAUGUUGGUAUCAACAAGUUUUGGUUUGCGUUCAUCUGUGUUAGUUGUGCAACAAUAUGGGUAUGGAGGUAUGGUUUUGGGAAAACAAUCUAACCAUGUGACCACUAAUAACGAUGGUUUUGAGUCACUUGUCGUGAAGGCAGAAUAA